AGGUGAAAGGGAAAACAUUAUCUUUGGUCAGAGGCAUUCGUAGGCUCAGCACGACUGUGUUUUGUGUUUCCAUAAAUUUCAUGUAGCUGAAAUUUUCUAGGCAUUACGAGACGUUUUUAUCGAUCGUACCCCGCGUUUGGUAAAGUGAAACUUAUCGAAGAUCGGGUCGGCACUGAGUUGCCCGGAUGGAAGUCGGAAUUUUUUUUUAGUUUUAGUUUGGAUUAUUUGACGGUAAAAAAAUGGAUGCAAACAUGAGAUAGGAUUUACUUCUCGAAGGAACAACCCCUUCUUGAGUUCCUUACUAUGGCGAGUUCGCCAACAGGGGUCCACAAUGACCAGCACAGACCUGGUCCACCUCAGGAGAACGGAGGAGGAGGAGGCGGAGGAGUUCCCAGCCGCGUGGGAGGAGGAGGAGGAGGUCAGAGUUCACCGUCGCGGGCGGCCGGGCCGGGGGAAGACCCAGGGGGUGGGGGAGGAGGAGGAGGAGGGGGAGGAAGCAACAAACCCCUACCUUCGGGCCCUCAGACCAACACGACAGCGCUAGCCUCGGUGGUGGGUGGCCUGACCCAAAUCCCGCUCAACACCACCGACUCGGGCCAGGCUCUGAGCUCGGGUUGGAACACGGCCCUGGCCGCUGCCGCGGGAGCUGCCACCAUGACACGCAAGCGAGCCAACGCCAGGAAGCCGCAAAACCAGAACGUGCGCCCACAGAGAGCCUUGUUUUGCUUGACUUUGAAAAACCCCAUACGGAAAUUUUGCAUACAAGUGGCGGAGUAUAAAGCGUUUGAAUGUCUGGUCCUGAUCACAAUCUUCGCCAACUGUAUCGCCCUGGCUAUUUAUAUCCCAUACCCCAAGUCCGACUCCAACGACAUGAACGCUGCACUGGUGAGUACAACAUGUGUGUGUGUGUGU